UAAGAACUAUCGGCGGCGCGAGGAGGGUCGCGCGCAGGUGGCGCACCCGUGUGGCGGCGCCGUCUCCUAGCAACGCUGUGUCCGUCGCGGUGCCGUUCGCUCAGCAGUCUUCAUUCUCCAUCCGCAGAAGGGAAGUAGCAGCAGCAGUGCAGUGCCUGCAGGUAGGCAACCAGCGCCGACGAACACCCUCUCACCCCCUGCCAUCACCAUGGGCCCCUCGAUGGUGCUUCUGACCGCAGCCUUGGUGCUCGCCGCACGCCCGACAUCCGCAGUGAUCAACUGCUACCAGUGCAGCAGCACGGACCACGAAGACCCGUACACGUGUAACGAGUUGUUCAACGUCGACGGAGAUCCUGAUGGCUUUUUGCCUCCGGUCAAGCCUUGUGACCAAGUGCACGGAGCCAGCUACUGCAUCAAGCAGACCGGACGAUUCGAAGGCAGCCAAACCUUAUAUUUACCGCUUUAUCUCUUUUUCACUCUCACACUACUAACAACUUGCAGGAAACUCACGUUAGACGGCUGUGCUGCUUUCAUUAAUAUAUCAAAUGCGUGCAGUGUGCAACGCCUAACUGCUCUGCACUUUUCCUUCCAACCGCCUGCAACGUUUUCGAAGCGAGCUAUUGUGUCAAGACCGUCGGUUCAUUUGGCGGUUACGGCACGAAGAGAUUCUGCUCAGCACUCGACCUGGGCAACUACUGCAACUUCGUGCGUCAGCCAGGCGACGACAUGGAGUACCGCUCGUGCGUCUACACCUGCAGCGGCGACGGCUGCAACCCUGCCUCCAGAACGGUGGUCCUGGCGCCACUGCUUUUAGUCCUGUCGCUGCUGGCUGCCAUCGUGUGGCACCACUAGCUGUCAUUUUAAAAAAAGACUUCACCCUCUCAUCUAAGACUCUACGUCGCAAAACGUGACAAACUGAUGGAAACGACGCAGUAUGAAAAUUCCUCAAAGAGCGAAUUUGAAAAUAUAUUUUUGUAAUUUUUACAAUUACAAGCCACGAACCACCAACCCUUUACAUCAUCAUCUUCUUUUGAAAAUUUAAUGUAACCGUGCGUUAUAAAAUUUUAAAUUUAUUUGCUUAAAACCGAGAUAGGUUUUGAAACAAAAUAAUGUUGAUUUUUAUUUAAACCAGGAUUAAACUAACACAUUCCCUUUUUGAAUUGUAAAUCAAAUGGAGUUUUUAGUACAGCAGGAAAUUAUAACGAAAUAGAGCCCAACAUUGUAAAAAGACGGUGGUAGACCCUGUUGGCUGUCUUGAAAAUUUUUAAAUCACGGUUUACCGAAUCUCAAUUGCCGCGUCAAAGUCGUUUCCCGGUCGCCAGGUUUUGUAACUUUAGAGUCUCGAUGUCAGAGGGUGUGAAUUUGUGCGAUCGGCUGGCAGUGUUGGUGCGAGUGGCGGACAGAUGGCGCGCCCUGUACGGCCUGAGCGGCAACCCGCAUCGUCAGAGUGCCGCGCUGGCUGCAUAAACUGCUGUCCCCGUUUCGCAGCCCGCAUGCCGAAAUGGGGCACGCUUGAUUCCACUCGCGAGCAACAACAACUACAUAUAUAUAGACGCGUAUGAUAUUAUAAUUAAGCUGUUUUGCUUGUCAAGCGGCCUGCUUGUUAUGCCUGCUGAUAACCUGUAGAGCGAGCGCAUCUUUAAAGUAAUAAAUUACACAAGCUGAGAAUGUGACUAAAAGUGUACUUCCAAUUAUGAACAGAGAACGAAAGUAGACAUUUGUAUUUUGACCUGUGCCACAACGAAGAGUAAUAAUGACGUUUUUUGAUAAA